UGUUUAUAUAAUAGGGAGGCGACUGUUUGUCCACGGCAGAGAGUUGAAUCGACAGAGACACAAUGUGGAAGCUUGUAUUUCCAGUUCUUGCGGCUGUUUUCGCCGUCGGAUUAGGUAGUUUCGUGGGGGGGCCUCAAGACAUUGAUAUGAAUGAGACAGGGGCACAAGAAGCCCUGAACUUCGCCGUCGUCCAUCACAACAAUCGCACUAACGACCUGUACCUGAGCCAAGUGGCGGAAGUGGUUAAGGUCCAAAGACAGGUGGUUGCUGGCAUCAAGUACAUCAUAACUGUGAAAAUGGGGAAGACCCCCUGCAGAAAGGACAGUGCAAAUGAACUGUGUGCCAUCCACCAAGACCAGGCAUUGGCUCGGCCUUACCAGUGCACAUUUACCGUGUGGAGUCGCCCAUGGAUGAAGGAGAUCAGGAUGGUGGAUGAGAAAUGCUAGACGGAGAACUAUGUGGGAAAUCUUGAGUUUUGGCAUUGAUUUGCAAAAUAAUUUUAACACAAGCAAUAUGUGUUUUCUUGUAGACAAACCACAAAAGUAUUAACCUUUCCAUUUUUACCCAUGCUGUUUCACUGUAUGCUAAAAAGAAUAACCGCUUAAAGUCACUAUGUUUCAGACUUCAGAAUAACCCAUGCAUUAUUGUAAUGCAAUAGAAGGAGGUGUGCUUUGUUAAUUUCAUAUACUUUACACAUUUGAAUUGUUAAAUGGUGGUUAAAAUGAUCUUAAAAUUAAAGUAGUACAUAAACAUCCAUAAA